AUGGAUUAUACACACAUUCUUGAUGGCAAUGCGAUUAAUAGCACUGCCAACACUACUGCGAGCAACUCCCCAAGUGCCAGCUCGAGUGCUAGUAUCAGCAACCAACCCAUUCUUUCAUCUUCAGUGGGUGUUCACUUUGCAGGUCGUGAGCUAGGUGUCAUCAGUUUCCUCACCGGUAUCCCGUACCUCCUACCAGAGGGCCAGAAGUGGAUUGAGUCUCGCACGGGCCAAACCGUUUCAAGCGAGAAAUUCAGUCCAGCACGGGCACCGUGGGAGAAGGAACGUGGCCAGAUCUCAAACACCAUUAUGAUGAAUUUACGAAACGAUAACUUAUUUGAAUUGCCAGACCGGCGAAGCGUGGAGGUGUACUUUGAUGCCUACAAGCGCUCAACCGUGAUGCGCCGCCUCUUCCCCGUCGUGGAUCCCGAAUUAUUCGCCGAAACUAUUUCUGAAGCUUACCGACAACCUCGGUCGAGCUUUGGGUUUGGCCAAGCAAGUGCCAGAGCAUGCGUUAUUGCUUUUGCUGCGUUUUCCGCUCGUCUUCCGCCCGUCGUUGCUGCUGUCAGGGAUCCGGCCUGUGUUUCACUUCAAGGUGAUCAUGAAGUAUUGGCUUCCAAAGCUCAAUUUCUACUAUCACAGGUUGUCCAAGAGCCUGCGAACCUGGAAGGUGCACAGGCUGUGAUCAUGCUGACCUUAUACGAGGUGUCAUCGGGAAACAUGCGAGCCACCAACUACUUUGCUGCAAUCGCUGGACGUCUCAUAUUCAUGCUGGGAGGUAAUCUCACUAACAGUAGAGUCCAUUUGAAAGGCGAACGAGAUCAACGAAGGCAGCAGCAAUUACGCAAUCUCUUUUGGAUCAUCUAUACAAUGGACAAGGAUGUAGCCCUUCGCACCGGACAGCCACCUAAUAUUGCCGAUGAAAACUGCGAUCUCACCCUCCCACCAGGCUACGAGGAACAUUCAUUUAUGGAUCCUGAAGACGUGAAUAUGGUCUACUCACAGCCGAGUUUCCCAUUCGACUUACGAUUGAGUAUUAUCAAAUCUCGCACGCACACUGCCCUCUACUCUGUGAGCGCAAUGCGAAAGUCCGAUGCGGAUCUUUUGAAGUCGAUUCGGGAAUUAGAUGAUGAGCUGGAGGCAUGGCGGUUGUCCAUUCCAGCACAGUGGCGACCGACCAUGUCUUUUUCCGCUGAAACCUCCGAUCCCAACGUCAGCAUGCAUUCAGUCAUGCUGCGUCUCAACUACUACCUCUGCAUGUCCAUAAUCCACGCGGCGAGCAGUAGAUGCCAGGCAUGGAGACAAGGGAACGGAAUGCUGGAUGGAGUCAACUCAAGUCUCGCUCUAUCGGUCGAGGCCAGCCGUUCAACCCUCUGUUACUUAGAGGCAGGGGAGCAUGUGUUAGUCGAGGGCAUUUUCUGGAUUCUGAUCUUCUAUCCCAUAUCGGCAUUGCUCAGUAUCUUCUGUAGCAUUCUUUCAAACCCACUAGACCCUCGCUCGCGCGACGAUAUGGAUCGUCUGAAGAUGGCGACGUUCAUGAUGGAGCGCCUCUUUCGUCGAAGGCAUUCUUCGAAUGAAUAUCUCCACUUCAAGCUUGUGGCUGACUUCGUGGCAGAGAUGACACGGCUGGCUGAAUGCGCUAUUGACAAGGCAUGGCGUGAGCAGAGUUCUGGCUCGCUUUUGCCGCUGUAA